GUGCUGGACUCCUCCAUCCAUCCAGUGCCACAGUUGCUCCAGUCUGGCUCUCGCAGACGCUGCAACCUGGGACUGGAUGUCCCAGGGCGACCAGCAACCCCAGUUCAUGCUCACCUUCUCCAGGCUCGUAUCCCUUUAAGGGCGGCGGUGCUGCGCGCGGGCCUCGCUCUGGGCCGGAGCCUGCGCGUCCGUGUCCCCGGCGAGGGCUGCGUCUGCCGAGGAUCCAGGUCGACAAGCGGGGCGAUGCUCAGGCUGCGCGGCUGCUGCGCGCGUCCCCGCGGCGGCGCCCUGGUCCGGGCCGAGCGGAGCCGGGCGAGCAGCCGCGCCCUACGGGUGCUGGUGGACAUGGACGGCGUGCUGGCGGACUUCGAGGGCGGCUUCCUCCGGAAGUUCCGCGCGCGCUUCCCCGACCUGCCCUUCGUGGCGCUGGAGGACCGGCGUGGCUUCUGGGUGUCGGAGCAGUACGGACGUCUGCAGCCUGGGCUGAGCGAGAAAGCUGUCAGCAUCUGGGAGUCAAAGGAUUUCUUCUUUGAACUGGAGCCUCUGCCAGGAGCUGUAGAAGCUGUGAAGCAGAUGGCCAAUCUGCAGAACACUGAUGUCUUCAUCUGCACGAGUCCCAUCAAGAUGAUCAAGUACUGUCCCUAUGAGAAGUAUGCUUGGGUGGAGAAGCACUUUGGCCCGGACUUUCUGGAGCAAAUUGUGUUGACCAGAGACAAGACUGUGGUCUCUGCCGACCUUCUCAUAGAUGACCGGCCAGACAUCACAGGGGCCGAGCCACACCCCAGCUGGGAGCACAUCCUCUUCACCUCCUGCCACAAUCAUCACCUGCAGCUGAAGCCUCCUCGCCGGAGGCUGCACUCAUGGGCAGACGACUGGAAGGCCAUCCUGGACAGCAAGCGGCCCCGCUGAGGGCUGUGCUGUGGCUCUCUCCUGGUCCAGUGUGGGGCUCACGGCUCAUGACUGGACAGCAAACAGCCUGCUGAGGGCUGUGCUACAGUUCCUGGCGCUUCCGGGAGGACCUCAGUGGACCCUCUGGUCAGGACAACGUCUUGACACACUCCCCUUUUCCUGGCUCAGUAAGGCCUUAGCCUGACCAUGGGGCAGGGCUAGGAGAAAGGCAUUUGCUUCUGGGCAACUUUGGCCUGACCUCAGGCGGUGGCCCAUGCCACUCCCUCUCACUACUUACAAUAGGGGAUGGUCUCUAAGGCACUGGGGUGUCCUGGUCCAGGAUCUGCAGCCUUUGCAAGGUAAGGAGUGCCAGGGACAGAUGACAGGUUCACCUGGCAGGCGUGUGCCCUUCCACCUCUAACAUGGCACCUGUCCAACUUGCCCACUCAGUUCGUUCUCUCCUCCUGGCUUUCAGUAGCCAUCAGGCUCUUUUGGAGGCCAACAGUGAUCCUGCCUGUGGUUAGUGGUGUGAUCUCUUUCUCUGAUGUCUGUAGAUCCCAUUCACGGCCCAGAGAGGAGUCAGCAGACUUGAAUAUUUGUUGACCAUAUGAGAAAUAAAUGCUGUUGACAUACAA